UCUUGAGUAUCAAAUUCAAAUGGGUCAUUGCUGCAGCAAGGGCGUUUCUGUCGUCAACAAUGACUCAGUCACGUCCGUUAACCAGUCAAAGCCACCGCCAACACCGCCUCCACCGGCCACACCUGGCUCCACCUCUUUCGCCGCAAGCCCCUUCCCAAUUCCCUUGCCGGCGGGAGUGGCGCCGUCUCCGUCCCCAGGGAGGACGCCGGGUAGGAAGUUCAAGUGGCCUUUGCCGCCUCCUUCGCCGGCUAAGCCGAUAAUGUCGGCUAUCAUGAAGCGACGUGCUUCGAAAGAAAAGCCGGUUGCUACAGAGGAAGGCGAGGGGCGGCUCGAUAAGAAUUUCGGUUACCCGAAAAACAUCCGGUCAAAGUUUGAGCUGGGGAAAGAAGUAGGACGAGGGCAUUUUGGUCAUACUUGUUGGGCCAAAGGGAAAAAAGGCGCUCUCAAAGGACAGUCUCUGGCGGUGAAGAUCAUUUCAAAAGAUAAGAUGGCAACAGCAAUAUCGGUUGAAGAUGUUAGACGAGAAGUGAAAAUAUUGAAAGCUUUAUCUUUACAUAAAAACAUGAUCAAAUUUCAUGGAGCAUUUGAGGAUGAUAAUAAUGUCUACAUAGUGAUGGAAUUGUGUGAAGGUGGAGAAUUGCUGGACCGAAUUUUAUCAAGAGGUGGCAGAUACACUGAGAAGGAUGCUAAAAAGAUUGUUGUGCAAAUAUUAAGUGUAGUUGCUUUCUGUCAUCUUCAAGGUGUUGUGCAUCGUGAUUUGAAACCAGAGAAUUUUCUUUUUACCACAAGAGAUGAGGAUGCUCCGCUGAAGAUUAUUGAUUUUGGUCUCUCUGAUUUUGUUAGGCCAGAUCAACCACUCAAUGAUAUAGUUGGCAGUGCGUAUUAUGUUGCACCUGAAGUUCUUCACAGAAUGUAUAGUGUUGAAGCCGAUAUGUGGAGUAUUGGUGUUAUAACAUAUAUAUUGUUGUGUGGAAGCAGACCUUUCUGGGCGCGUACUGAAUCUGGAAUCUUUCGUUCAGUGCUUCGAGUGGAUCCUAACUUUAGUGAUUCACCUUGGCCUGCUGUAUCACCAGAAGCCAAAGAUUUUGUGCAAAGGCUUCUGAGCAAGGAUCCCAGGAAAAGACUGACCGCGGCCCAAGGUCUAACUCAUCCCUGGUUGCGAGAUGAAAAUUGUGAUGUUCCUUUGGACAUUUUGAUAUACAAGUUAGUCAAGUCUUACCUUCGUGCCACACCUUUUAAACGUGCAGCAUUAAAGGCUCUUUCAAAAGCUUUAACAGAAGAUGAACUCAUAUAUCUUAGGGCACAGUUCAAGCUUUUGGAACCUGAAAAUGGUCGUGUCUCUCUUAGUAAUUUUAAAGCGGCUCUUAUGAGAAAUGUAACUGACGCCAUGAUGGAUUCAAGGGUUUUUGAAAUUUUAGAUUUGAUGGAUCCUCUUGCAUAUAAAGAAAUGGAAUUUGAAGAGUUCUGUGCUGGUGCCAUUAGUGUAUAUCAGCUUGAGGCUCAUGGGGAUUGGGACACAAUUGCUAGUAGAGCCUUUGAAUAUUUUGAACAGGAAGGAAAUCGACCCAUUUCCGUCGAGGAAUUGGCUCUGGAAAUGAAUGUGGCUUCUGCAGCUUAUUCUGUAUUGAACGACUGGAUCAGAAGCUCAGAUGGGAAGUUGAGUUUUGUUGGAUAUACCAAGUUUUUACAUGGCGUGACAAUACGGAAUAACAAUACAAGGCGCAGGCAACAAUGAUAGAAUUUAUUGCAGAAAGGAAUUUUCCAUUUUUUUGUUUACAUAUGAAUUCAGAUAAAGAAGCGUAUACAUGAAAUGUCUACCUGCUAAAUCAAUAUGCAGCAAUGUAAUCUUGAGUGCAUACAAUACAAGGUAGAAGAAUACAUUGAACUAAUAAUAAAAUGUAAUUCAAUCCAUUUUAAUGAAAACACCCAAUAUGGUGGUUGCGGUGGU